AUGGCUGAAUUGAUCCAAGUAAAACAGCAGAUCAAACUGUGGGAACAUGGUUUCCAGAAACAACAUGGCCGGGUACCCUCGAAGGAAGAUAUUAAAGGUGAUGUGGAUACUUAUAAAUUGUAUCGGCGGUAUCGGAGUUUAAAAUCAGGUGCUAAUGUCACCCCUAAAAAGAAGCCAAUUACCAAUGUAAAUAUCAACUUAGAAUCUGAUGUGGAACCUGAGGACUCUCCAACGAAGCCGGCUGUACUUCUGGCCACAGCUGAGUUGGGUCCGACUCCACAGGCAAAUGGGAAAGUGUUGUCAAUCUUUGACAUUCAAGCCAGCAUGACUCCUCCAGAUUCUUCCCCAAUGAAAUCCAAACCGGUAUUAAACCAACCAGAUAUCCCACAUAUUCAACCACCGGCAUUACUGCCCUUUAAAACACCAACAAGAGCCCUGAAACGGCUUGAUUUCUUGACCCCAUCAAGAAGUGUUCGUAGCGGUGGUACCUCAUUACUUGCCCAGUUGUCUAGCGUCGCGGGAAGUCCUUCCAAGACCUUAUCAACUCCAAACAAACCAGUCAUAGAUUCUUCCAUGAUACGUGGAAUGGAAACCCCACUGUACAUAUCCAAACAUAACAACAAGUUCCAAUUCUCCACCACGGAGAUAGCAUCUCCAUUCCACGAUAACUCGAGCACAGUCGUGAUGUCAGCUCCUACGACCCCAACCAGGAACUCAUCCUCCACCUCUUCGAGCAGUGUUACUACAUUCCAAGUAUCACCAUCGCCAUUGAAAGUCCAUAGAUUCCUUUCAUUUGGCGGGAAUAAGCAAAUGUCUACAUUAUUCAAAGACUAUCAACAAAUCAAGAGUGAGAAGUUAGAAGGUGAUGAAGAUGUACCAAAGAACAAGGUUGAAGAGGAAGUCGUACAUGAAGACGGUGAAAGUGACAUUGAAUCUACUAAUUCCACUGUUUCGAAAUUAUCACGGAAACGUAAGGGAACUCAAAAACGUACCACAAGAAAUUGGAAAAUGAAACCACGGGUAGAUCUUACAACUCUUGUGGAUGGUAUGGAAAGUAAGAAUGUGCAUGAAGAGUUGAGAAGAAUCAAUGAGGGGGAUAUCAGUGAGGAGGACGAGGAAUCAGAAGAAGAAAACAGUGAUGAUGAGUUGCUCAGACAACAAGAAGAAGCGCAAUUGGCGGCCAACACUAAACAAUCUAGGACCAUGGUGAAACCUAUUAGCCAGAACUACCAAAGGUUGAAGAUCAAUGACCCACGGACCAAAGCGUUCAAGAGAAGAAUGAAGCGGUGA